AUGGCCCUAGAACAGUCACCGCAAGUGUCAAGCAGCCUCGACCGCAAGAAGUAUUGCGCGCUGGAGUGUACCGCUGCCAUCCAAGGAAACGCUGUCCCAGAGGCACUCGGCCUACCUCUCACCCGGCUGUGCGUCAUUCGAGGAAUCCGCCACCACGAUGGAUACGCCCACCAUCUCAGAGGAGUCAGCAGUGAUUUCACACGAGCCCUGAACGCUCGAGACAUCAUGAGCGACCGCAUCCCAGUGAUGCGCUCGAGCGACGAAUACCCGUACUGCAUCUGGCAUCCAGAUGUGGCUUCCGAGGAAACAUAUCGCCAAGUGGCGCACAAAUAUCCGUCGAUGAAGUACCAAGUCGGACGGGCUUGUGCCGUGGCAGGGUACYACAAGCUGUAUCAAGAGCUCGACCUCCUCCCGGACGUUCACAUCGCCGAAGAAGCUCGCGAGUCCGGAAACUUCGCCAUCUUCGAGGACAUCAUGUCAAAGCGGAAGAGGUACAGCAUCAUGGAUGACUAUGACCGGUCGAUCAACACCAAUGACCCCCAAGAGGGCCACAUGAACGGCGACACAGCUGUACGAGCUUCACUCGAAGUCAAGCAGCGAUACCGUGAGGCAAGUAUCCCGAUAGAUUUCGACGAUGGGGAGGAGAUUUUGGACCUUUCCGGCGGUCCCGGCUAUGACACGAACCCAUUCAACAUCACCGAAGAUAUGAACAUAGAUGUCUCAGACUCCGAGUACCCAUGCUAUACUGCCCGCCACGAUGUCGCACAUGGCGAGCUCCUUCUUGAGCUACUCACGAGUCCACUCCCCGUCGAUCUACCCACUGUCGAUAAGGACCUCCUGAUUUGCAUGGCCGCCUAUCAUGGUGACUUGGACCGCUACGCGCGGCUCCGAAGACCGUUUAUGGUCCCGGGAGAGCUCCACAGCUGCGUACGCGGCAUCUAUCACAACACCAUGUUUGCAGUCUGGUGGUCGAAGCAAGACCACGUUCCGCAUGAGUCCGGCUACGGGAUCAGAGAGGCCGUCGUCGCACGAUUCAUCAUGAACAACAGUCUCUCAAAGGCACCUUCCUCGCUGUUCUGCGAUACCCCAUAUCUCAUUUGGUAUCCGAAUGUCGCUGCACGAUCAACAUACGCUAAGCUGGCAGAGUUGUCACCACGCAUGCUUCCACAGAUUCUUCGAGCUUGCAUUGUAGCCAACUACCAAACACUUUUCGACACGCUGAUGGCCGACAAUACCAUCAUACCAGACGACGCUUUGCUCGGAGAAGCCGGAGAAAGCUACAAUCCCCACUACAAGUCAAGUCUCGAAGCUCAGAUUGAGGCUGUUGGAAAGAGGGAGAUGGGAUCAUGCGAGAAAUGGAAACUGGACACGCAUCGUAACUUGAUGUACCGCUGCAACAAUCUCUACAAGACAGCGGGAUUCUCAACAGCAGACACGUGGGACUCCCUCUACAACGGAUACGGAUGUAAUGCUUACAGUCUGGAGCUUCUGGCCUGUUUGCCGGCCGAGUGGAGGAUACCAGAGGGUGAAAUAAUGUGUAUGAAUGUGGACUAUGUCAACUGGCCGGUGCAGAAGACGGGAAAUAAGUGA